AUGUCGGAUAAUUUUGUAUUUUCAGGUCACCUAAUUGGUAUCGAGCAGCUCUUACACGAUGAGGAUGUUCAUUCGGAAAUUGUUGACGAAAUACGCGAUAUAAGCAGAUUUGCAGAUGCACUGGCUAGCAAGGCCUUAUCAUUUUUAGCUGUUCGUGAUAGUGAAUAUUUUACUCAGUUUCGUUAUCUUCUUCAACGACCGUUUGUGGUGAAUUUUUCACAUCGACGUACAGAUGAACGAUUUCGAUGGAAAGAAAAGCAGCUGAAAGCGAACAUAUUCGAUGAUACCAUGCCAGCUGCUCUUCUCACCGAGAAAGAAAUCAACAGUUGUUUUGCUGAACUGGUUUUGAUUGGUAAAGAAGGAAAUUUCUCAUGUAAAUUAAGUGAUGAAUGUAUGCAACAAAUGCUCAGUCGUCCUGGGUUUACAGGACAUCAUUUAAUUCAACAGAUUUUAUACGUUGCUAUAGCUCAGCAGAAAGAAUUCUUGAUCUGGUCGGUAACUUUUCAGACUCCGUGCAUCUCUGUUUUAACGCAUUUCCUAUUGGCAGAGCAUAAUCAGACAGUUGCAAAUUUUUUGUCCGAAUACUGCACGAAUCUCAUCGAUGAAUUGAAUGUCUUUAUGAGGAAUCCAAAAAUCGUUGCCAGGUUGAGCAGCAAUGGAAGAGAUUUGCUGAUGGAACAG